AUGAUCGCCGCUUGGGAUAGACCGGGCCGGCCAAGAUGUAACAUUGAAGCAGUUGGCAACAACAGCCAGUAUGGAUUCAUCGCCGUCGACUGCGAACGAACCGCCCUCACGGGAGGAAUCCCGGCCGGCCUGCCGAUCAUCUCCUUCUCGCAUCGCAGCAGUGGACAUCAGGCGAUUCCAGAUCUAUCGAUGCUGAGUGCUUCCAUUAGGAGGUUGGAUUUCUCAAACAAUGGGAUCCGCAAUCUGCCGGACAAGGCCUUUUCGCCGGUCGGGGAAUACAUCACCGAGCUACGUUUGGCAAACAACUUGCUGGGAGAUAAUUUGAAUCCGAUCUUCUCGACCACCGAGCUGCAGACGCUGAAGAACGUGAAGGUGCUCGAUCUUUCCAACAACCAGCUGAUGGCGCUGGACGAAGGAGUCUUCAUCGGGUGUCGCAAGCUGCAGGACAUCCAGCUGGACGGAAACAAGCUUACCGCCGUUCCUGCGUCCUCGUUCAAGGAUCUACCCUCGUUGAGGAUCAUUUCGCUGCGCAACAAUCUGAUCGAGAACGUGUCCUCGGAUUCGUUUGCCUUCUCCAAUAAACUGGAGCGCAUCGAUCUGCGCUACAACAGAAUUCACAUGCUGAGGGCGAACGCUUUCUCCAACCUGCAGACGAUGAAGGAACUGCUGCUAGCAGGAAACUUGAUCAGUGUAAUCGACGAGCGCGCCUUCAUGGGUGCGGACAUGAUUCAGAAGCUUGAUCUUUCCGACAACUUGAUUGGAGAGUUCCCAACGGCCGCUCUCAGCUCGAUCGAGUCUCUGAAAGUGUUGAAUCUUUCGCUGAACAACAUCGAUAAACUAGAAUCGAAGCAUCUGCAACAGCUUAGAAAUCUGCAGAUUCUCGACAUAAGCAGGAACGUAAUCGCAUCCGUUCUUCCAGGAACAUUCCGUGAGCAGAUCUUGCUUAAAUACCUCGACCUCAGUCUGAACUCGCUUCGAACGAUCGAAGAUGAUGCAUUUGAAGGACUGGACAAUCUGCAGACGCUGAUCUUGCGUGAUAACAACAUCCUUCUCAUCCCAGGAAGCGCCCUUGGACGACUUCCCCGACUAUCCAACCUGUACUUGGACUACAACCGAGUAGCUGCCCUGUCUUCCAGCAUCCUGAAGUCAAUCCAACCAGAAAACAUCAGAUACCUCUCACUAUCCCGUAACGUAAUCCGAGAACUUCCCGCCAACAGUUUCACUUCGUUCAAGAAGUUGAUCUACCUCGACAUUUCCGGAAACAGCUUGGGAGUGAUCAACGAGGAUACCUUCGCCGGGCUGGACAACACCCUGCUCGAGAUCAAGAUGUCGUACAACAAGAUUUCAACGUUCCGCAAAACCGUACUGCCAAAACUACGGCGACUGGACAUUAGCUCGAACAGCAUCGAUGAUCUCGCCAUUGAUGCCUUCCACGGAUUGAGCAACCUCCUGUACUUGAACAUGAGUGGAAACGAACACGUGCUGCAGGUCACGCGAACCAUGAUCUACCCGCUCAACAAGCUGCAGGUCCUCGACGUAAGCAACUGUGGAUCGUCUUACUGA